UGUAAAUUCAAAAGAGUGAACAGCUGCACCAUAGCAUUGAUGAGAUAUAUCUACGAUAUAAGUUAUAAUCAUACUUGUUUCAGUGUAAUCUUCUGCCAGACUUAAAUCUGAAAGUAAUCGUUGUUUUGGCUCCAUUGAAUUUACUGUGUAGCUUUAGAGAUUGUGACUCUAAACUUUAUUAUUUUAUUAUUAAUCUUUACUUCACGAGGUUGCUAAUAAAGAUGUGGACAUGGCUAUCGGAGGAGAUCAGGGGGGUUCAAUACGCAUCCCUGCAGCAGCAUGUGGCAUUGUGGGAUUGAAACCAACAUUUGGGUUGGUUCCUUACACUGGUAUAAUACCUGUUGACCCUACUGUAGACCAUAGUGGACCUAUGGCGAGGACAGUUUAUGAUACGGCACUGUUACUUGAGGUAUAUUGAAAAUAUUAGUUUUAAAAAAUACAAAAAGUGCCUCACUUCCGCUUCUGCAUGUAGUCUGUUGUGUGUUCAUAUAAUUAAUAGAUACUAAUAGAUAUCUAUUAUUUCUAUGGUUCAUGUGAUUUACUGUAAUUUGUACUGUAAUUUGUUCGGCAAAUACAGCGAUAAUAGUUUUGUUUUUUCUACGGGAUAAUAAUUUGUCGCAUAAAAAGAGCGAAGUGUAAAUUUUAUGGCGGUAUUUGUCGAUAAAUCGUUAGCCGCUGCAGAAAAUCAGAACAAAUUACAGUAAAUCACAAUAUAUUUAUGCUCAAAUAUAUAGCUCCAAUAUAUGCUCCAAUAGCUCCAAUAUAUGCUCCAAUAUAUUUAUGGAAGUUUGAUUUCAUAUACAUAUAUAAUUAUUUGCAUAUUACUGUCAGUCGAAUUUUUAUGAGCUGGAAUACCUUUAAAGUUUGACUAUUUUUUAACUUUCCAAUCAAUUGAACGAUAAUUAAUGUACGUCAAAUUCGUGCUGGGACGUGGUGUAAAUAUAUCAUAAAUAAAUAUUAAUUUAUAAAAUAAUAUAUAUAUGCGUAGGCGGCUGCAUGAUAAUAUUGCUUCAUUUCAGGCAAUAGCAGGUUACGAUGAUGGCUUAGACCACCGUCAACCACGCGAUCUCAAGAUACCCAGCUAUACAAAGGAGGUAAGUAAAACAUGUUGAAUAGAUCUACACGUUAGUCUUAUACUUGUGUAGUUGUGUAUGCAUUUUUUUUCAAAAACUGAACACUUCUGAAAACGAAAGGCUAUGGGAAAAUGUAAAAAUGAAGAAUUUCGGUAAAGUUGAAGGUCAUCAUCGUAUUUCCCCCUUCUCGUUGGGGGAAAUAUGCAGGUUAUUUUCUCAAAUUUGUGCCAAACAAAUUUGGGCUAACAUAUUAUUUUUUGAAGGGUUUGACUUCGGCUAUACAUGUUUGUGUGUUCAUCCAGAUGAAAGUUGAGACAUUCUUUUUAGAGCAAAGUUUCCACGGAAACGUUGCAGUAUGUCCUUGCAUACAGGCACGGUGUAAACUUCCAGGGGGAAGUUAGGGUUAUAGGCGCUCUCCACCAAGCACCCCCGUACGCUCGCGUAGCUUAACCACUGAUCGCAGACCAGCUUAUCGCGAUUUCCUCUUGCGCGAUUUCCUCUUAUACCUGGGUACGAAGCUUGGGGAGUUAUCUGGUAUAAUAUGUCAGUUUUGUGAACCGUUUGGUUUGGUUUGUUACAGUUAACAGGUGACAUUGAAGGUCUACGUGUGGGUUUACUUAAAGAAGGUUUUAAUCCCAGUUUUGAGACAGAUGUGAAUGAGUUGGUGAGAAAAUCAGCUGAGAGACUAAGUGCGAAAGGUGCAGUGGUUGAAGAAGUUUCAAUACCCUGGCAUUUGGAUGGUAUGUGUGUGUGUGUAACCUUUAUUUCAAUGAUGCUAGCCUCAUCAGCAGAGUGCUGGUCUCCAUGAGGGGCGUCAAAACAAUAAAAACUUUACAGGAAAAAAAGUUAAAAACCUAUAUGUACAAGUAUGAACAAGCUUUCUUUGGUAGGGAUGCAACUACCUGAAAAUAUAUAAGGAGAAUUGCGACGUUUCGAGCGAAGGCCCUUCGUCUGGAGUUACUAGACGAAGGGCCUUCGCUCGUAACGUCGAAAUUCUCCUUAUAUAUUUUCCCUACCAUCGAAAGCUUGUUAAUUUUAUUGGUACUACCUACACUGACAAAGACAGUUCAAGAUUAUGUACAAGUGUACUUACAAGUACAUUUACAAGUAUACUUAGGUGUGACCCAUGGACGCUGGCUCGACCUACAUGCACAUAACUGAGUUACCUACUGCAGAUAACUGUGUUAUGUGUUGGUUGCGUGAUUUUCCAUAUUUAGCUGUAAGCUACUGGCCAAUCAGAAGACACAUAAUGACUAUACUAUAUAAUAAUAACAUCAACGUCGCAAGCCAAGCUCUCUACUUCUGCUUCCCUCCCUAACCUAGGGAGAGAAGCAGAAGUAGAGAGCCUGGCUUGCGAGGUUGGAAUAACAUAUGUUUGCAAUUAUAACUGUUUAAAUUUUAACAAAAUUUGCGUUCAUGACUAUAUAUGAUCAGUAUGUAUUUUCAUACUUUCCUGACUUAUAGGCUAUAUAGUCUAGGACCUGUAUAGAUGUUUGUGUGCGUUUCAUUUAGCACAGGUAAUCUCAACUGUUUUAGGGUAAAUGACCAUGGCGGUCAACAUGGCAUAUGUGCCAAAACCUGAAUCCGGGGCAAAAUCCUGAAAAUGACCCCGCCCUGAAACGGCAGUGCCGACAUAGCUCUAACUUCCGAAAAGCGACAGCGACAGCCUUUCUGAAGUGCUUAUAGUGUUUAGAAGGGUUGCUUUUAGGGGUGGUCAUCGGAAGGAAAAAUUUGUCUAAGUAUAAUAUUUUACAAGAAAAUGACCAUGCACAACCCCAUGUAAAUUGCUAAUUAUGCAUAAAAUGACUAAUAUGCCUGGCAGAAAUUUAAUGUUCUUAUUUCCUAAAAAAAAUUAUCAUGGGAUGAAAAACUAUGCUUAAUUUAAUAUAAUUAUUGUAGUUUUCAUAAGGAUUGUCAUUGUUUUCUGUAAAUAUAAUACAUUUUAAUUCACUCACCCCCCCACGAAAACACCAUUUCAGCCAUACUUUGCCGUCUUGUUUGCUUUUUAUCGCCGAGUCUCGCAGAUAUCAUCCAGUUGUUGUACUUUUACAUAAUGAUAGAUGGCUAAAGACGAUUUCGACGAAGUUUAAUGAAGUUUUGAAACAGUGCAGUAUAUUUUAUCUUCGAUAUUGUGUCCUUCGAUAUUUCGUCAAAUUGCCGCCAUUUUAAUGGCUCGCCGCUUCUCUGCCCGAUAAAUGCCACUUCUUCGUCUUCCUAUGUGUUUAGACUACAGUAUCCAAGAGUACUUCAUUGUAGAAUAGUCCCAAUCGAAAAAAUGAAAACAUUAGUUGGCCAAAACCCUCCAGGUAACCAUUUAGGUUCAAAAUAAAAUACAAAGCAUUUGAAAGUCACGCGCAAUCUUCGCGAAAACUUCUCGUGGACACAUGACAGGGGGGGUGAAUAUUUUCACGAAACGUUUGUUUGCCACCACAGCAACCUAAAAUAUAUUGUAUUUUUUGUAUUUUUAUGAAUUAUGAUAAAAACAAUAAAUAUUUGGGUAGUUUUAUCAUAAUUCAUAAAAAUACAAUAAAUACAAUAUAUUUUAGGUUGCUGUGGUGGCGAACAAACGUUUCGUGAAAAUAUUCACCCCCCCCCUGUCAUGUGUCCACGAGAAGUUUUCGCGAAGAUUGCGCGUGACUUUCAAAUGCUUUGUAUUUUAUUUUGAACCUAAAUGAUUACCUGGAGGGUUUUGGCAUCAAAACCCAACUAAUGUUUUCAUUUUUUCGAUUGGGACUAUUCUACAAUGAAGUACUCUUGGAUACUGUAGUCUAAACACAUAGGAAGACGAAGAAGUGGCAUUUAUCGGGCAGAGAAGCGGCGAGCCAUUAAAAUGGCGGCAAUUUGACGAAAUAUCGAAGGACACAAUAUCGAAGAUAAAAUAUACUGCACUGUUUCAAAACUUCAUUAAACUUCGUCGAAAUCGUCUUUAGCCAUCUAUCAUUAUGUAAAAGUACAACAACUGGAUGAUAUCUGCGAGACUCGGCGAUAAAAAGCAAACAAGACGGCAAAGUAUGGCUGAAAUGGUGUUUUCGUGGGGGGUGAGUGAAUUAAAAUGUAUUAUAUUUACAGAAAACAAUGACAAUCCUUAUGAAAACUACAAUAAUUAUAUUAAAUUAAGCAUAGUUUUUCAUCCCAUGAUAAUUUUUUUUAGGAAAUAAGAACAUUAAAUUUCUGCCAGGCAUAUUAGUUAUUUUAUGCAUAAUUAGCAAUUUACCUGGGGUGGUGCAUGGUCAUUUUCUUGUAAAAUAUUAUACUUAGACAAAUUUUUCCUUCCAAUGACCACCCCUAAAAGCAACCCUUCUAAACACUAUAAGCACUUCAGAAAGGCUGUCGCUUAUGCUUUUCGGAAGUUAGAGCUAUGUCGGCACUGCCGUUUCAGGGCGGGGUCAUUUUCAGGACUUUCGCCCCGGAUUCAGGUUUUGGCACAUAUGCCAAGUUGACCGCCAUGGUCAUUUUACCCUAAAACAGUUGAGAUUACCUGUGCUAAAUGAAACGCAUACAAACAUCUAUACAGGUCCUAGAGUAGCACUUAAAGCUUUGCCGUUAACAGCGUUACCAUUGCCUGAAAAUAUUUGACUUAUUCUUGGAUGUUUUCUGUUUUUCCAGCCAAGCAUGUACUUUUGGGUCUUCGCCACUCCAGAACCUGUAUGACCGUAUUUCAAGGUUGGUAUAUUAUUUACUAUUAUAUCUAAAUCAUGUGAUAACUAUAUACAUUGUUAUAUAGGAACUAUCUAGAUUCUGGGGCAUCUCAUUCGAUAGAAGAAAUAAGUAAGUAGAAGGGUUUUUUGGAGAUGGAAUGUUCGAACGCAAAUUUGUGUACAUUUUUAGUUUGGAAAAAUGCAACUUUAGUCCCUCGGACAGGAAUCGAACAUGCUACCGUGCGCCUUAAGGCCCACACAGACCCGACGCGAUUCGGCAACGCGACGCGAAUUUUUAGUUUUCAAAAACAAAUAAAACCGUCAACGGAUAAAAAUUUUACAAGAUAUGCAGACCAAAUAGCUAAAAUUGCUGAAGAUGUUCCGAAUAUUUGAAAAACAUAGAAAAAUAUUGAAGUUAAAUGACAUUGAAAAUUGAAAAUUCGCGUCGCGUUGCCAAAUCGCGUCCAGUCUGUAUGGACAUUUAGUUGGUUAGCGCCCUGCACCGGAAUAGCAAGACCGCAAGUUUGAUUGCUGCCAGGGGGCCUAAAAAUGUAUACAAAUUUCCGUUCGAAUAUUCCGAUCCGUCUCAAAAACCUUCUACAGUACUAUUAUAUGGCAAGUGUCAAUUUCACUGUUCGUACAGCGAAAAUGCGAUAUGUGGUUUUCCAAGUGGAGAGAAGCAUCAAAUUCCAUGUGAAAAACUUCAAUAUUAGAAACUUUUACCCAUAAUAUGGGAAUUCAUUCGGGAAAAUUGAUCCCUGACUGCAUGAUCAUCCAAUACCAGGUCAAGGGUGUACUUCUAGCUGAGAGGCGUUUUUGAAAAAUAUUUUACUGAUUGUGUUUAAUUUUUACCAGGCGAGUGUUCAGCUACCCAGGGAUAUCACAACACACAUCUCCAACUUGCUUUGUCCCGUGGGUUAAAAUGUAAUCCUAAUGAUAACCCGCCUAACGUGAAAUGUUCAUUUCUGUUGAACAGGUAUGUAUAGAUAAAGCAGCUACAUGUAUACAGCUAUUUCAAUUAAGGUUGUCUCCCAAGCAAAACGGAAAAGUCGAAUACGAGCGCGAAAGGCUGCUG